AUGUUCAGCAUAUUAGACUUCAUUUCUUCAAAAGACUCUGGAGUGACGACACAGGAGAUACAGAAUGAAUUUAAAGACAUGUCACUCCAGGAUAUUGUAGUAGAAAUAAACAACCUGCACACAGACUCUCUCAUAGACGUAUUUAAAACAAAAGGCGGAAUAGUUUACAGAAGAAACACAGAGCCGCAGUCAUUCUCAACACCAGAAGAGAAAAUAAUCUAUCUUCUUAUUAAAGAGGUCGGUGUUGAAGGUAUCUGGAUAAAAGACAUCCGAACAAAAAGCGGGCUACACCAAAAUCUUGUAACAAAGCUUCUUAAAACCCUUGAGCAGAGGCUUCUAAUUAAGUCAGUUAAGUCUAUAAAGCAGAACAGAAAAGUGUACAUGCUAUACGAUGCAAUCCCAUCAGAUGAUUUAGGAGACGGUCCGUGGUUCACACAAGAGGCAGAACUUGACACAGGCUUUGUUGAUGCAAUAAAAAAUGUAGCAUACGAAUGGAUAUUAAACAGUACAAGAAGUGACGGACUUCCUCCAUUUGAGUCCCUACCAGAGGUAAAGCACGUGCACGCAUUUCUUCUUAGAGCUGAAAUAUCUUCGGUUAUUUUAACACUUGAUGAUGUUAAGAGAAUUUUAGAUAUUCUUGUAUAUGAAAGGAAGCUUAUACAACUAGACCAAAAGUACUUUCUUAAUAAAUAACGGAAUUUCAGCG